CAUUUAACUGCACGGUUCUACUGAUUUUCUUGUAAUUUCGGCAUAUUAGAGGCCAUUUGUGAACCCAGGUUUUGUAUUUUAAGCGGGGUUAUAUUUUAUUUCCGUAAUCCAAAUUAUUUCGCUGAAAAGUAUUUCUUUUUUAUAUUAAGAUCAGAGUAUCAUCAACGUUUACUAGUCUGUUCUUAGCUUAACCUUGUCUUACCCAAAAGAAAAUGGGAAGAAUAGAGUUAACACGAAUUCUGUUUUUCCUUUUAAUUAUCGCUUUAAAUAGAUUAAUGCCAUGCUAUGCAUUUGAAGCCAUUUCUUCCGUAGUAUCCGUGAUUGGGGCAGCUACAGUGUCUAUGGUUGCUUUAGGAUGGAAUGCAGCUAAAUGUAGAAUGUAUGAAUGUUGUGAUGUUAGGUGGAUUGAGUCGAAUUUUACAGGUCUAAACAACGAUCUUGGUGAUCGCCUACAUGGACAGCAUCUGGUGAAAGAAACUGUCUUGAAAACUUUGAAGGGUCAUUUAAGGUACAAAAACUCUGGGAAAGCUCUGGUAAUGUCAUUUCAUGGAUGGACAGGAUCUGGAAAGAACUAUGCAAGUCAUAUGAUAGCAGAAAAUCUAUAUAAAAAUGGAUUGAAAAGCAAGUUUGUCCAUGUUUUUGUAUCAACACGUGAUUUUAUGUUUGAAGACAGAGUUGACCAGUACAAGGCUGACCUCCAAGAGCGUAUCCAAAAAGCUAUCAAAGAAUGCCCUCGCUCUCUCUUUAUUUUUGAUGAAAUAGAUAAAAUGCCUGAAGGAGUAAUAGAUGCAUUGAAACCAUUUAUUGACCAUAACCCUUCCUUUGAUGAUUUGGACUACACAAGGGCUAUAUAUAUAUUAUUAAGCAACACAGGAGGGAAAGAGAUAACUAAGGUGGCUUUUGAGUUUUGGUUAGAAGGGAAGGAUCGCAAUGAAUUAAGCCUUAAGGAUAUUGAACCUCUGAUAAACAAAGGGGCUUUUAAUGAGAAAGGUGGACUUUCGAAAAGUGAUAUUAUUCAGAAGAAUUUGAUUGACAUUUAUGUGCCGUUUCUUCCACUGGAAAAAAAACAUGUUACACUUUGUGUCGAGGAUGACUUAAGAAACAAGGGUUAUAGCCCUAAAGAUUUUAUUGUUCAACAAGUGGCUGGUCAACUUGAAUACUAUCCCUCAGAAUUUCAGUUGUUUUCCACAACAGGGUGCAAAAGAGUCUCUUCAAAGGUGAACCUUAUGAUAGAUGAUGACUAAUAUACAGCAAUGCAGGGAUAAAAGAAAUGUAUCAUUUUACACAAAAUAAUUGAUGACAGUUUAACCUGAUAGAAACCUCUUUGUUUCAAAUGAAGUGCAGUUGUAAGUUUAAUCACUGUUUUACAUAGGCAUUAAGUAAUCAUGUUUUGAGGUGUAAACUGUCUUGAAGAUAUUUAUGUUGUGUAAAUAAAUGAUAAAAAUUA